GCAAAACAUGACUGACAUGUUAAGGAUACUCACGUUAGGUUCCUCUUUCUGAUCUGCUGACAGUAGAUAAAGAAGAGGGAAGCAAGUUCCUGUGUUGCGAAUCUUGUGGACCGCAAAACAUGAAUUACUUGUUAGCGACAGUCACGUUAGUGCUUCUAAAGGUUCAAGAGAUUGUUCGUUCGCAAGAUCUCGGGAUAAGGCUGGUAGGCGGCAGCGAUCGUUGUUCAGGGAGAGUGGAGGUGCGGUACAAUUCACAAUGGGGAACCGUAUGCGACGAUGGAUGGGGAACAGAUGACGCCAACGUUGUCUGCAGACAGUUGGGCUGCCCCUCUGGCGCCGCAGCAAUAUCGAGUGCACGCUUCGGGCAAGGCACCGGGAAUAUCUGGAUGGAUGAUGUUGCAUGCAAUGGAAAGGAAUCCGCCCUUUGGGAUUGCUCCAACCGAGGGUGGGGUAUUCAUAACUGCGUUCAUGGAGAGGAUGCAGGAGUAAACUGUACAGAAGAUCUCGGGAUAAGGCUGGUAGGCGGCAGCGAUCGUUGUUCAGGGAGAGUGGAGGUGCGGUACAAUUCACAAUGGGGAACCGUAUGCGACGAUGGAUGGGGAACAGAUGACGCCAACGUUGUCUGCAGACAGUUGGGUUGCCCCUCUGUCGCAACAGCAAUAUCGAGUUCACGCUUCGGGCAAGGCACCGGGAAGAUCUGGAUGGAUGAUGUUGCAUGCAAUGGAAAUGAAUCCGCCCUUUGGGAAUGUUCCUUCCCAGGGUGGGAUAGUCAUAACUGCAAUCACAGAGGGGAUGCGGGAGUGAAUUGUACAGACGAUCUCGGGAUAAGGCUGGUAGGCGGCAGCGAUCGUUGUUCAGGGAGAGUGGAGGUGCGGUACAAUUCACAAUGGGGAACCGUAUGCGACGAUGGAUGGGGAACAGAUGACGCCAACGUUGUCUGCAGACAGUUGGGUUGCCCCUCUGUCGCAACAGCAAUAUCGAGUUCACGCUUCGGGCAAGGCACCGGGAAGAUCUGGAUGGAUGAUGUUGCAUGCAAUGGAAAUGAAUCCGCCCUUUGGGAAUGUUCCUUCCCAGGGUGGGAUAGUCAUAACUGCAAUCACAGAGAGGAUGCGGGAGUGAAUUGUACAGACGAUCUCGGGAUAAGGCUGGUAGGCGGCAGCGAUCGUUGUUCAGGGAGAGUGGAGGUGCGGUACAAUUCACAAUGGGGAACCGUAUGCGACGAUGGAUGGGGAACAGAUGACGCCAACGUUGUCUGCAGACAGUUGGGUUGCCCCUCUGUCGCAACAGCAAUAUCGAGUUCACGCUUCGGGCAAGGCACCGGGAAGAUCUGGAUGGAUGAUGUUGCAUGCAAUGGAAAUGAAUCCGCCCUUUGGGAAUGUUCCUUCCCAGGGUGGGAUAGUCAUAACUGCAAUCACAGAGAGGAUGCGGGAGUGAAUUGUACAGACGAUCUUCCGCCACCACCGCAAAUGUCCUUAUUUCCGGAAUACCCUGUGUAUGUGCCAGGGGAAUCUAUCACUAUCACUUGCACUGCUGCCCGUGCCGAUAAAGCAGGCCAGUUUCAGUUAACAAAGGACGGUGUUCCUCUCAUCAACAGCACCGGGAUACAAAGGAAGUUCACGUAUCACAUUCAACACGUGAGCACGUCCAGAGCUGGCAAUUACACCUGCGUAAUGUCGACGCAUGUCUCCGGUCGAUGGAUCGAGACACCAGCCAGCCAUCCUAUUAGCAUACAUGUCACAGAUGCUCCCUCUCGACCCAAAAUCUACAAGAGCCCUGAUCUUUCCGUCUAUGUGCCAGGGGAAACAAUUAACAUAACAUGUGUUGCCGGACAUCCAAUUGAAAAUGGGCUGCUUCAGUUAACGAAAGACUCAGCUCCACUCAUGAACAGCAGUGAACACCAAGAUCAACAACGAGGUGUCAGUUAUAUCAUAGAAUAUGUGAGCAAAAGUAUAGCCGGCGUCUACGCCUGCGUGCUGCAGACUCAAAUAUCUGGUCGACAGCUAAUUUCGCCUUAUAGCCAACCUGUUCAUGUUAUAGUCACAGAUCUUCCGCCUCCAGCCGAUAUCUCACUGACUCCGGAGCUCCCAGUGUAUGUGACAGGAGAAUCGAUCAAUAUCACCUGCAAUGCUGCGCGUUCUGAGAUUCUUGGGCAUUUCCAGUUGAUGAAGGACUCCGUCACUCUCUACAACAGCACCAGAAAUCAAGGGGACUUGACCUACCGCAUUCAGCACGUAUCCGAGUCCACAAGGGGCAACUACACGUGUGUAAGGAUGUCGCAGAUCUCCGGUCGAUGGAUACAUUCACCUCCCAGCCGUCCUGUUAGCCUAAUUGUCGCAGACCUUCCGCCACCACCGCAAAUUUCCUUAUUUCCGGUAUAUCCUGUGUAUGUUUUGGGGGAAUCUAUCACUAUCACUUGCACUGCUGCCCGUGCUGAUGCAGCUGGCCAGUUUCAGUUGACAAAAGACGGUGUUCCUCUCAUGAACAGCACCGGAAUACAAAGGGAGUUCACUUAUCACAUUCAACACGUGAGCAAGUCCAGAGCUGGCAAUUACACGUGCGUCAUGUCGACGCAUGUCUCCGGUCGAUGGAUCCAGACACCAGCCAGCCAUCCUAUUAGCAUAUAUGUCACAGAUCUUCCGCCUCCAGCCGAUAUCUCACUGACUCCGGAGCUCCCAGUGUAUGUGACAGGGGAAUCGAUCAAUAUCACCUGCAAUGCUACACGUUCUGAGAAACUUGGGCAUUUACAUUUGGUGAAGGACUCCGUCACUCUCUACAACAGCACCGGAAACCAAGUGGACUUGACCUAUCGCAUUCAGCACGUAUCCAAAUCCACAAGAGGCAAUUACACGUGUGUAAGGAUGAUGCAGAUCUCCGGUCGAUGGAUACAUUCACCUCCCAGCCGUCCUGUUAGCCUAAUUGUCGCAGACCUUCUGCCACCACCGCAAAUUUCCUUAUUUCCGGAAUAUCCUGUGUAUGUGUUGGGGGAAUCCAUCACUAUCACUUGCACUGCUGCCCGUGCUGAUGCAGCUGGCCAGUCCCAGUUGACAAAAGACGGUGUUCCUCUCAUGAACAGCACCGGAAUACAAAGGGAGUUCACUUAUCACAUUCAACACGUGAGCAAGUCCAGAGCUGGCAAUUACACCUGCGUCAUGUCGACGCAUGUCUCCGGUCGAUGGAUCCAGACACCAGCCAGCCAUGCUAUUAGCAUAUAUGUCACAGAUACUCCCUCUCGACCCAAAAUCUACAAGAGUCCUGAUCAUUCGGUCUAUGUUCCAGGGGAAACAAUCAACAUAACAUGCGUUGCCGGACAUCCCAUUGAAAAUGGGCUGCUUCAGUUAACGAAAGACUCCGCUCCUCUCAUGAACAGCAGUGAUCACCAAGAUCACCAACGAGAUUUCACUUAUAUCAUAAAAAAUGUGAGCAAAAAUAUGGCCGGCGUGUACGCCUGCGCACUGCACACACAAAUAUCCGGUCGACGGAUAACUUCCCCUUUUAGCCAACCUGUUCACGUUAUAGUCACAGAAGGACUUCCUCUCCCCCAUCUCUCACUAGAACCCAAGCAUUCUAUUUAUAUGGUUGGUGAAUCGCUCACAAUCGGAUGUGCAGUUGAAGAUGGGGCUAUCAAUGGUCAGCUUGAGCUUCGACAGAACUCAAUCCCCGUAAGGGUGCAAGAAAACCAGGCGAGCUUCAAAUAUUUAAUUCCAAGUGUUAGCGACAGAAAUGGCGGAAUCUAUUCAUGCCUCUUUAAGAAACAGGUUUCAGGAAGAUGGCUUCACUCCGUUCCAUCUGAGUCCACCAAAAUAAUUGUAACCGCGUCAACACUACCGGAAAUCCUGAUAUCUCCCAAUUACCCAGUUUAUGUAAUUGGUGAGUCCGUCACGAUAAGUUGUAUAGCUCCACGCGGAAAUUCAGGUGGCCACUUACAAAUAUUGAAAGGCGAGAAAUCAAUUGCAGAUCAGCAGAUUGAGCAAGACGGACAAAUGCUGAACUAUUCCUGUAGGAUUGUGACACUGGAGGAUGAAAUGAGCUUCAUUUGUUUGUAUGAAACAGAAAUAUUAGAGCGUUUGAUGUCAUACAGAGAUACUUUGCAGAUAAGAGCAACAAAUCGCCCACCACUUCCCACAGUUUCGCUCAACCCUAAUUAUCCGAUAUAUCUGGAAAGAGAGGAAGUCAGCAUUACCUGCCAUGCUCCGAGCCUUCACGGCUAUGACCAUCUUCAAUGGCUCUUAACGUGGAAAUUUGAAGAAACAACUAGAAACAUGACACAACAACAUUUUAGUAAUUCAUUUACGGUGGUAAAUAACAGAACUGAAGGAUUUUAUUCGUGUUUAUACGAUCAGCAAUUAUCGGGACGUUGGAUAACAUCUUUCCCUAGUGACGCCGCGAAAAUCCAUAGGACAAAGCUAAAGGCUGGUCUGUAUUUCGAGCGCCAUUCGGGUGUGUAUAUGAAAGGAGAAACCGCUGCUAUUACGUGUUUCGUCACUAGCAAAAACAGCGCCCACAGUUUCUUUUUCUACAAAGGAAAUGCAUUGUUGCGAUCAGUAGAUGUUGGAUCCUCUGAUCAUAUGACCUCGAUUGUCUUAAGCAAUGUUUCUGAAGCAGAGAGAGGCUCUUACACCUGCAUGUAUGAAGUUAUCAUUUCUGGACGGCUGUUGCAAUCAGACGAAAGUAACACAUGCUUAUUAGCCGUGGAAGAACUGUUGGCACCAACUAUAUCAGUGCACUCAACAGAUCUGGAAAUUGGCGGAUUCAUCAGAUUUACCUGCACAUGCCCGGGUGGCUACCCGGAAAUCACAUUUAUCUUGCAGAAAGCCAACGAAGAUAAUUCUAAGUCACGGGUUAUUUCAGCCAGAAAUCACUCUGUCACCUUCGAUAUUCGCAACGUGACUCUUUCUGAUGAAGGAGAGUAUUUCUGCCGAUAUCAAGUCAUUUUAAAUGGGACUGUGUUGUCUUCAACCUCUAGCUCUCCUCUCUUGGUAACUGUAAAUGUCAAAUCCUGGAUCAAGUUAAUACACCAACAUAUAUAUGUGAUCGCCGUGGCGGUGCUGGUAAUGAUCGCAGUUGCAACAGCCAUAGUAAUAAUUACGAAGAACAAGAGGAAAUCUGCUGGAUACAAACUCACUGACCUAAGCAAAUGCGAAUCUACUUCCAUGGCGGAGACAACUUUCUGAAACCUUGAAGGUUCUCUUGAGAAAGCAAUUUGAACAGUUACAUGUCUUUCCGAGGACAUCCUAAAUCUGGCAAUAUUCCAAUAUUCAGUCCUGUGUUCUUCAAUAGCUUCUGCCUACCGCCACGUUUACAAAUACAAAGGGAGAUUGGUUAAGCGCUUAUUUCAAUGUCGAAUAUUUGAUAAACUAAAUAGCACGAGUAACUUUCUUAAAUUUACCUGUGUAAUACUCAUAUACGUUUGCCUUAACAAUAAAAUUGUUUUUAAAGAUA